GCAUGCGUACGCGGAUGUCAAGUUUGUCCUGCAGUUGGUGAAAAGUUCUCCAGAGCGACGUGAUCAGAAGCAUCAAAUCUACGGAGUAACAUACAAGACAAGUCUGAUCAAAGUACGGAGACAAAAUAGCAACCCAUAAUGUUCACAAGCAGUGGCGCAGUAUGGGUCUCGCUGGACUUAGGAGCGGGCAUGUGGUGCGGUUUGCUGCGGUGGCGACGUUCUGUGUGCCGCAGUGGCGCUGUUUGGCCGCCGGAGGGCAGCGCGGGACCGAUGCGCAUGUUUUCUACGCAGUGGCGCUGGAGAGAGGCAGCAGGGCGGCGCGAGCCCUGGCCGAGCAACACGGGCUGCAGUUCAUCUCGCGGAUUGGAAACCUGGAGGGCCACUACACACUGAGGGCUAGUGAGAGCACCAUUACCACAACCCUGGAACACACACUGACACAACACGCUGGGGUAAAGUGGCUCCAGAGGCAACAAGCACACUACAGAGACGAGAGAGCAGCCAUCCCAGGGGUCCGGAACAGCAACCAGUACAAGUUUAUUGGGCAGAAACAGAGUGGGCGGGGUUUUGGAACUGAGCCACCUGAUUCGUUACAUUUCAACGACCCUCUGUGGCCCAUGCAGUGGGAACUGUUUAAUUAUGGCCAGGUUGGCUCCAGUCUCUUGGACAUAAAUGUGAUGCCUGUUUGGCUCAGAAACAUCACGGGGAAUGGAGUAGUAGUCUGCAUCAUAGAUGAUGGUGUGGAUCAUUCAAACCUGGAUUUGAAGAAGAAUUUUGAGGUGUUUGCGAGCUUUGACCUGCGUGGUGCCCAUGGCCUUUCCCAUGAUCCCAUGCCACUGAGAGAUGAGGAGAAUGGUCAUGGCACAAAGUGUGCAGGAGAGAUAGCGAUGGAGGCUAAUAACUGCUACUGCGGAGUGGGUAUUGCCUUCAAUGCCCGCGUCGGAGGCAUCCGUCUUUUGGACGGUUCGUUGACAGACUCUAUGGAGGCCUCCGCCCUCACCUACAACAAUGACUUCAUCGACAUCUACACCUGCUGCUGGGGGCCACGUGACGAUGGCACAGAACUAACGGGACCUGCUAUGCUCACGGAGAAAGCCCUGCGCCUAGGAACACACAAGGGUCGAGGUGGCAAGGGAAGCAUCUUUGUGUGGGCGUCUGGAAAUUGUGGAAUGUCGAACGAUCACUGCGGGGCCGAUGGCUACGUCAACAGCAUCUACACCAUUGCCAUUGGAACCAUCAGUCACACGUGAGAGCCCGCCUCAUUUGGGGAGCCCUGCCCUGCCACCAUGGCUGUCACCCCCACUGGGAACAGUUUCCUCCACCCCCUGCCUCUGGUGACUGUGUCUAACCUUGGUGAUGGCUGUGUCACACACUUUGCUGGAACAUCCAGUGCAGCUCCGAUUGCAGCCGGAGUGCUGGCCUUAGUGCUGGAGGCAAACCCAGAUCUGUCAUGGAGAGACGUUCAUAUGCACCUGAUUGCAAGAACAGCAAAGGUUCCAGAUCCCAACCAACCAGGCUGGAUCACCAAUGGAGCUGAAUACCAUGUCCACGACAGGUAUGGCUUCGGGCUGCUGGACGCUGCUGUGAUAGUGCAGAAUGCUCGUCAGUUCCCGGCGGCAGCAGCUCAGCAGAAAUGUGAGCAAAGCGUCACUCUUCUGCCAGUACAGGUCCUUCCAUUUGGAGGCGAGGUUAGUGUGAACAUACACUCAGAGGCCUGUAGAGGGCAGCACAAUGAGGUCAGCACUCUCGAGCAUGUGCAGGUAACAGUGAGCAUGAGUGCUGUGUGUCGUGGUGACAUCAGUAUAGAGCUCCUGUCUCCGGCGCAGACACGCUCUCUCCUGCUCGGGACACGCCGUGAAGACGCCUCGCCGGAAGGUUUCAGGAACUGGACCAUGUUGAGCAUGCAGAGCUGGAGGGAGAGUCCCCACGGCACCUGGACCCUCACUGUGAAGGAUCACAAAGGGACUGUUGCUGGCUGUGGUCAAAGCCACACAGAGGAGGCAGCUGGUGCUGUACUGAAUGUCACGCUAACACUAUAUGGCACCUACAGUCCCAACAGAACUCAUCACGAAGGGUCUCUGAGUGGUUUCAUGGCCCUGGGUAAGCUCCAUGCGCUUCCUCACAGGAGGAACAGGUUUACACCACAGGAUCUAAUCCACUGGGCCUUCCAGCUGGAGCGUGCCAGUAAGGUCAGCCCUGCCGACAUCCAGGUCGCUCCUCGCUGCUUCAAGAAACCCAUGGUAGAGUAUUUGUCAAUGCCCACGUUCAGCUCCCUAGACAUGGACGACACUGAUGGAGAGAGCCUUGAGUCCUACCUGCACACGCUCUGGAACACUUUGAGAGGCAGCGCACAGGUGGCCACGGCUCACAACGAUGCCCUGAGACAAGUUGAACCACUGCCUGAGGACUAACGUUUGUGUGUCUGUCUGUGUUUGUGAGAGAAAAAGAGGAAUAUAGUGAGUGACCACACACCUUCACUAAUAAUUUAUUUGCAAAUAAAUAAUAAAUGGUCUUUAGUCAAGUGUAUAACGUCUGACUGUGUUGGAAUGUGGUCCCGGGUUCAUCGAGCAGGAGUAACCCCUCCCUGAGCUCCUGCAGCCUGUGCUAGCUCUGGACGAGGGGCGCGGUACGGAGCCUCACUGAGUGCCGUUCUGGGUGCCCACCGCUGCCUCCAACAGCGCACGCCAGCAUACGUACCAGCAGGCUUUGCUGCCAUGUGCUAGAGUGGACAUAGCUGUGCAGGAUGUCGAGGUGCUCCAGGCCAGGGCAGGAGGCUGAAAGCUGUUCGAG